AUGAGUGCUGCUCAGAGUCAAACUACACUGAUGGCCAAACUGGAGGCCCUGCAGUGUCACUUCACCUGGGAUCUGGACCCUGGAAGGUCCAAGCUUCUUAGUCUCCGGGACCAACUGAAGGACAUUGGCACUGAGGAGGGAAACAGCUGGCUGGGUCACAUUCACAACCUGCAGGGGUUCAUUCAGUACAAACUGGGCUUCACAGAAGACAGCAAGUGUUUCUUCAGCAAGGCUGAAGAGUCCAUCCACCAGCUGAGACACGCAGACGAGGGUCCCUGGUUGGUGGUGAACUACGGGAACCUGGCUUGGCUGCACCACCACCUGGGGGACAAAGCAGAGAGUGAGGCUUACCUGUCAAAGGUCGACGCCCUGAUGAAUAAAUACCCGUCCCCAUCCCAGGAUGAGCUCCAUCCAGAGAUCUAUGCUGAAAAAGGAUGGACCUGGAUGAAGUUCACUGCAGAGAAGAAGCUCCUGGCUGCAGAUUACUUCCAGAGAGCCAUCAGGAUGCAGCCGGACAUGGUGGAGUGGAACACCAGCUAUGCUUUAGCAUCAAGGAAUGCUUUUCAGUACAGCAGCACAGGGGUGGAGGCUGACGUCUUGGAGAAAAUGAGAAUCGCCAAGGAACAGGAUCCAGAGAACUUGUACCUUGCUGCUAACUACCUUGAGCAACGUGCCAAAAAAGGAGAAAAGGUUGAAAUUGAAGCUUGUGAGUUAGCACAAAGGGUUUUGAGAAAUCCUGUCAGCAGCUACAACGGUAUUCAUCCAUUGCUUAGGGUUUUCAGAAACUUUCUGUCUCGUGAUGAGGCUAUUGAUUUGGCAGAGGAGGCUUUGGAGAAACAUCCAGAUGAGCGUUUUCUGAAGAGAUGUGCUGCACUCUGCUACAACCAGAAAAUCGUUUGUUGCAGAGACGGUUGCACAAAGCAAAGUGUGAUAGACAGAGCAAUCACUCUCCAUGAGGAGGUGAUUUCUCUUUACCCUCACUCUUCUCUCAGGAAGAAAAUAGAUCUCGCAAAUAUAUACGGCAAGUUGCGUUACGGUCAGGCCAAAGCUGAGCAGAUGUACCAGGAACUGUUAGAAAGUGACCUGGAACCUGCAGACAAACAGAUGCUUUACACACUGUAUGCACAAUAUCUGUUCUGCGAUCAAAAUGAUUACCAGAGGACGAUAGAAUAUGACAUGAAGUCAGCAGAGAUACCACACCAAUCAGAUUUUCGUAGGAACAGCAUCAGAUUUCUGAGGGACUUUAGAGACAAAAGCAAGAACCAAGAAACUAGAGAGAAAAUAGCAGAGUUUCUGAAAAACCUGCCAGAGCCAUAA